CGAUACAAAACUGAAAGGUGAACAGUAGAAACGAAGCCAAUUAAAGUUACAGAAAACUUCGGUUGCUUGCCGCUAUUGCAAUGGCGGAGAUCUCUGAAUCUCCGUUACAAACUUCCGAAGAGAAGAGCCCAGUGACUCAGAUGUCGGAGCCACACGAAUCCGAUCCCGACUUUGAUCCUAAGACCAUGCGAAAGGCCAAACCUGGGUUGAAGCGCCUCAUCCUCAGUCUCUCUGUCCUCUUCUCCUUCAUCCUCGGAUUCCCUAUUCUGUGGAAAUCCAUUGAAAUCUAUCGCGCCCCACUUCCAUUCCGAAGUAUUGAGUCUUUUUCAGCUCAGAUUGAGUCCAACCCGUUACUUUUUCCAUGCCAAUUCCAGGCAAUAUUUGUUGGCUUUGAUUCUAAGAGCUUUGGAGCAGAUGAGCUUGAAUCAGCGAUUGAGAAGAGAAUGCUUGAGUUGAGCUCCAAAUCUUCGCAAUGUGGCACUUGUAAUGAUAACUAUACUGUAUCCGUGGUUGUGGAUUCCCGGUCCCAUUGCGUGGAGACAAAGAAUAUGAAACCAUCAUGCUCUUGGAAGUGUGGUCCAAUCAAUAAAUUUGAUUCUAUUGGGAAGUUGAAGGAUAAUGACGAAGAGGCUGACGAAUUGCUGCAGUCUAUGCUAGGGUCUUGUUAUGAUUCUGGGUAUGGAGGCAAGGUUUAUAGUGUUGUUGUGGUGAACGGUGAUGAGGAAGUGAGAGCUGUGGUUGGGAAGUAUCGUCAUGCAUGGAUAACUGGAACCAUUUCUGAGGAGGAGGCAGUGUCAAGGAUAGCUGAAAUCUUUGUUAAGGUGUUUGUUAACGGUGGGAAAGAAGAAGGUUCGAUUCAAGGAGAGUUCAUGCCUGUGGGUGCUGAUGGGAAGAUUGUUCUAUCUUUUAGUUUGCUCAAUGCAGACCCACGAGAUUGGGUGUAUGAUUGGAAUUUUCAUGAGGUAGGCGAGGUUCUAGUGCACCCUGUGAUUGAGGCUUUGCAACCUAUUGCUAAUGUAACAGUUGAAAGCCAGGUUUUAUACUACACACCGAAGUCUUCAUUAUCUUUCUGGGAUGAUAGGCAUGGCAGUCAUAUAUUUAGUACCAAGGACCUUCCUUUCUUUGUUAAUUCAAAUGAGUGGCACUUGGAUACUUCUGCUGCUGCUGGCGGGAGGUCAAAGAUAUUGCAAUUUGUGGUGUAUAUACCUUCUGCAAAGGAGUGCCCUCUUCAAUUGAUACUUCCAAAUGGAGAGAGAUCUGAGACAAAUGGUUUUAUAUCACCGAUGUGGGGAGGUGUUGUCGUCUGGAAUCCUAAGAGCUGUGUAAAGAACUCAGAUACUAAAGAUAUAGUCAGGAAUAUGAUUUCUCCACAGGAUCUCCAGAAGGUUUUUGAAGUUGUUUUGGGGCAGCUCCGGCAACUUUUUGGUCUUAAGUCCACUAACCUCUACGUUGGUCUAUCAGGAACAUCCAUCCUCCUUGGGAGUGAAAGAGGUUUCACAGAAUGGGAGUUGGAUGUUUUAUCCCGGCACCAUACAUGCUUUAAUCUUCAAACUUGUGCUACGACGCUUGGAUCUCUUUCUAGAUUGGUACAAUCGUUGCCUAGGAUGAUUAUCAAGGAUGAAAUUGGAAAACAGGUGAAGUUUUCUCUAGAGGCUGCAAAAUUGGCUCAAAGUAAUGCAUCUGUUGGCAUAUACGAUGCUUCAGCAGUAUCCUCAAGGCAAUCAAGGUCUUUGGCAGAGGAUGCCUUUUUUCACCCUUCAAUUAUGUCAAUCAGCUAUUAUUCAUUUGAGCAUUGUUUUGCCGUCUAUUCGCCAUUCUUUCUUCCAGUUUUAAUGCAUGUAAUAUUGGCUGCUUUAAGAGAAUGGAAAAGGUACAAGCAAGAAAAUUGGAAGUACUUGGCAUGGAAGACCAAAGCAAAAAUUACAUCUUGAUCCCCUUGGCCCUGGAGGGUUUGUGUGAAGGUUCCCCUGUAGAGUGAGAUCUAGAUGAUGGGUGAAGCAUUCUAACACAUGUAAAAUGCUUCCCCUCCUUAAGUUUUGCUUAAUUGUUGUGUUUAUAUAGAAAUUAGAAGCUUUCACCAAACAUUUUAGAACCUGGCAAUAUUUUCUGAUGACAGUUGACGGUUGAAACGGCAAAUUUGUUUUGACACAUUACCGAAGGGGUCUCAUGAUAAUUUAUAUACAGGAGGAAGAGAUACUGAGA